AUGCAAUACGUAAAGACAUUGAGCAGACCUGAUGAGUUAUUCUCAUUGCUAAAGAUUGGAUAUACAGAGUCAUUCAAGCCCAAGGCACAACUUAGAGGUGAUCUUGACAAUAAGGAAUGGUGCUACGAGUUGCUCAACAAGACAAGCAGAAGUUUUGCCUUUGUAAUCAAUGAGUUGGACCCAACUCUCAAGGAUGCUAUAUGUGUAUUCUACUUGGUACUUAGAGGAUUGGACACUGUUGAGGAUGACACAACUGUGCCACUUCCAACAAAGUUGCCAGUUCUCCAGAGAUUCGCUGAGGGACUCUAUCAACCAGGUUUCAAAGUCUUUGGAUAUGGAAUGAACAAUGAUGAGAAACACCUUGCAGAGAACUUUGACAAGGUUAGUUCUUGCAGAAGGAGGUCGUGUCUCUUGAGGGACUGGGACCUGUACUGUCACUACGUGGCCGGACUCGUCGGUAUUGGUCUGAGCAAGAUCUUUGCCGCAUCUGGUCUCGAGAGCCAGUGGUUCGCCACGGCCGACAAGGAGUCCAACGACAUGGGCCUCUUUUUGCAAAAGACCAACAUCAUCCGUGACUACCUGGAGGACAUCAACGAGAGCAGGAUCUUCUGGCCCCGCGAGAUCUGGUCCAAGUACUCGGUCAAGUUGGAGAACUUCAAGAACCCACAGUACGCCAGCUCGGCCCUGUGCUGUCUCAACGACCUCAUCACCAACGCCCUGCAGCACGCCAUCGUCUCGCUCGACUACAUGGCGCGUCUGACCAACGCCAAGGUGGUGGGCUUCUGCGCCAUCCCCCAGGUGAUGGCCAUCGCCACCCUGAGCGCCUGCUACAACAACCACGGCGUCUUCACCGGCGUCGUCAAGAUCAGAAAGGGCCAGCGCGCAUUGAUCGUCGAUAUCAUCCAGAACAAGGGCAUCGACGGCACCUUUGAGCUGUUCCACAAGUUUGCUGGCGAGAUGGUGGCCAAGGUGCCUGCAUCAGACCCCAACGCCAAGAAGACCCUCGAGUCGCUGGCCACCAUCCAACGUAUCUGUGUCAACAAACUCGGAUACAAGCCAGCAGCCUUUAACGAUUUCGGCAACUACGACUGGAUGGCCGUUGCUUCAAUCGCUGCCUCAUCUGCAUUCCUCGUUGCCAGACAUGGUCCAAACAUUUUCUCCAAGCUCUAA